AAUAUUGUGUUGGGGUAGUGCUUCUUUGGUUUUAGGUAGUAGAGCACUGAGCACGAGACUUAAAAAAGCUACCAACAAAGAGGAGCAUUCAAGCCAUGGUCUUUGAUUUCAGAAGGAAAUGGAAAUUAUAAUUGCAAUUGCCUCAAAAAUUGGAGAGUCAUUGGUCGCACCAAUAGGAACAGAGUCUGCCUAUUUGAUUAAUUACCAUUCCAACCUAGAAAAUCUUAAGCGUGAGAUAAAAAAGCUCUGUGACAAGAAAAAUGGAGUGCAGGGAUGGGUAAAUGCUGCCAAAAGGAACGGUAAAUUUAUCCACCCUGAUAUUCAGAGUUGGCUAAAGAAUGUGGACGAAAUGAUCCAAAAAGUGUCGCAUUUUGAGGUUGAGAUUAACAGGAAAAGGCGAUGUAUGUAUCGAUGGAGCUUGAGUCGGAAAGCCUAUAAGAUUACACAACAUGUUCUCCAGCUCCAAAACGAAGGAACAUUUGAAAAUGUGGCCCAUGCUGCUCCUUCACGAGAGAUAUGGUCAACAUUCAAAGACGGAUUUAAACAUUUCAAGUCCAGAAUGGAAAACAUGAAUGAGGUGAUAGAGGGUUUGAAGAGGGAAUAAGUAAGAAUGAUCGGGAUUUGUGGAAUGGGGGGUGUGGGUAAAACCACACUGGCGAAAGAAAUCAUCAAAAGAUUAGCAGAACUGAACAUGUUUGAUAAAACUGUAAUGGCAACUGUGUCUCAAAGCCCAAGUAUUAAGACGAUCCAGUUGGACAUUGCAGCACAAAUAGAUUUGAAAUUUGAUAAGGAUUCUAAGUCCGGAAGAGCACUAAAGCUGCAUGACAGACUCAUGGAAAUAAGGAGGAUCCUGAUUGUGUUAGAUGAUGUAUGGACAGAGCUUAAUUUUGAGGCUAUAGGACUUCCUUAUGCACAUACUCAUAAAGGGUGCAAAAUUUUGUUGACAUCACGGAAUUUGGAAGUCUGCGAUGCGAUGGAAAGUCAACAAAUUAUUGCGGUCCCAACUUUAACAACAGAAGAAUCACGGGAGCUCUUUAGAGAAAUCGUAGGUGAAUCCUUCGAUGAUCCAGAUUUCCAUUCCAUUGCAGAAGAGGUCGUGAAUGAAUGUGGAGGUUUACCUAUUGCUAUUGUAACUGUUGGAAAAGCCCUAGAAAAGAAAAAGAAGCACGAAUGGGUUAAUGCCCUUAAUCAGCUGCGAAAGUCUAUCCCAAAGAACAUCCCUGGACUAGACGACAAAGUUUAUUCAAGCAUAAAAUGGAGUUAUGAUGGAUUGGAGAGUGAUGAAGCCAAGCCAUGUCUUUUACUUUGUUGUUUAUUUCCAGAAGAUUAUAACAUUCCAAUUGAGGAUUUGGUUCGAUAUGGGUGGGGUCGAGGAUAUUUUAGCAGCAGCGAUACUUUGGAAGAAGCAAGAAAUAAAGUGCAUUCUUUGGUUGACCAACUACAAAGAAGGUUUUUGUUACUAGAUGGUGGCAGGAGUGAGACAAUAAAAAUGCAUGACAUAGUUCGCGAUGUUGCCAUAUCAAUUGCUUCAAGAGAUCCACAUGGAUUUCUGAUAAGAAGUAAUGCUGAAAAUAAAGGGUGGCCAAAUUUAGCUACAUAUGACCAUUGCACUACAAUCUCACUUGUUGGUAAAUUGGAGAUUCCAGUUGGUUUGAAAUGCCCAAAACUUGAGUUUCUACAGACGAUGAAAGGACGUUUUUCAGAAGGUAGCAUGGACAUCAUUUGUGAUGCGAUGAAAGAACUGAAGGUUUUAGCUUUGGUGGAAAUGGAAGACCUAGGCUCAUCAAGAUCACUAGGAUUACUGAAGAACCUGCGGACCUUGUGCCUAGAUGGGUCUAAAUUUGAUGGCACGUCUGCUGAUGUUAUUGGGAGUUUGGAGAAUUUAGAAAUCCUCAGCUUUCGGGAUUGUGAUUCCAUGCGUGAGUUGCCGAGGGAAAUUGGACGACUUAAACAGUUGAGGUUGUUAGAUACGACAAACUGCGAGGAACUUGAGGUGAUUCCACAUGGUAUCUUCUCCAGCUUAUGUAGACUUGAAGAGUUGUAUAUGGUUAAUAGCUUUAACGAAUGGGAAAUUGGAAGAGGAAGAGAAGAAAAGGGGAUGGCAAGCAUUUCUGAGGUGAUGUCUCUGUCCGAUCAUUUGAAGGUUCUAGCCAUAGAGAUACCCAGUGUCAUCCACUUGUUGACAAAAGACAUAGUCUUGAAAAGCCCAACAAUAAGAUUCCUUAUACGCUGUGCAACAUGGGUAGGGCAUUUUUCGGAGAUGAGUACUUAUGCAUUCGAAAAUUGUUUGGAGAUUAGUGAAAGUGAUGCAAGGGAGUUGGAGGAGAGUCAAGCAGUCAGACUUUUGUUGAAAAAAUCUAAAAAAUUGUAUUUGUCGGAGGUUAAGAAUUUCUCUGUCCUCACUGAUUUAGACCAAGAAGGAUUUCAAGAUUUGAAAGAUUUGGAUCUUUGGUAUUGUCCACAUAUCGAGUAUCUUGCAAAUGGAACAAGUGGGUUUUUGACCAACCUAAGAUUCCUUAAAUUGGGAAGUUGUGGUGUCUUAAAAUAUGUAUUUUCACUAUCAGCAGCGAGAAACUUGGUACAACUCCAAGAAUUAAACAUUGAUGGAUGUGAUCAAAUGGAAGAAAUUGUAUCGAAGCAGGGGAGGGAACAUGAGGAGGAAGCCGAUAUGAUACCUUUCCAUAAAUUAACCAAUUUGACUCUCGAGGGUCUAGGGAGUUUGGUUGGUUUCUUCCAAGCCAAGAAGCUAUACUCCAACCAAGAGGAAACAACGGCAAGGGUUGAGCAUCAAUCUGCAGGCAUAUUUGAAAAAGCAAUAUUCCCAUCAACGUGCAUUUCAUGGUUUCCAAGUUUAGAAAAGGUGAGAUUGGGAUUUAUGGAGUUUGAAGGCGUGCUAUUUGAUCUUAAAAUCCAUGUUAUGGAUGGGCAGGCAGCUCCAACUUUUCCCCAGUUACGUGGGUUGGAGAUAAUUUUUUGUUCGUUUACACAUUUGUGGAAAAACAUUCGGUCUGGAUUUCAGGAUUUCCGAAAUUUGAGAUGUUUGGAUAUAAGAGAAUGUUGUGGGCUAAAAUAUGUGUUCUCGCAUUUAAUUGCCCGAGAACUUUUGAAUCUUGAAGAGGUAAAGAUAGCAAAAUGUCCGAACAUGGAAACUAUAGUCAGAAUCACAGAGCAAAAUGAAGAAGAGGCGACAAAAUACAUGAUUUUGUUUCCGAAACUGAACACAUUUGAACUAGAAGACCUGCCUCGUCUCACAAGUCUUUGUCCAGAGGGAUUUACAUUUCUAUGGUCAUCCACAAAAAAAAUGCACGUGAAAAGAUGUGAAAAUUUGAAGACAUUGGGUGCUGUAAUUCCACAAAGAAAGAAGUUGGAGAAUAACUUGAAGAAGGAUUCAACAAGUCAUGAUUUUAGCACUUCUCCAACACGUUCAUCAAAUUGGUGCCCUGCUGGAUGUGGAUGCGCACCGUAUUCAAGACCAAACGCCCACCGCCCCAUUGAAAUAUUGCCACGUCCAAUUAACCUGGAGGUUACACCAACUAAUCUUGAGGACUCAAAUGAUGAUGAUAAUCUCGAAAAUCUUACUGUAAGUGACUGUAAUUCGAUGGAAGUGAUUUUCCAACUCAAGGGACCGAAGCAUGAAGAAAGUAGUCACUCCAUUGAAGCAUUCAAUAAAUUGAGUUCCUUGCGGUUAGAUAGAUUGCCAGGUUUAACGCGUGUUUGGGAGACGGGUAGUUCACAACCGAUGUUGACAGGAAGCAGCUUCGGAAACUUGAAAUCGCUGGAGGUUGGUUUUUGCAACCAGUUGAAAUACUUGUUUUCAUCGUCCAUAGUCAAACUUCUCGUGAGUAUAGAGGACAUAGAAGUUCAUAACUGUGAGAAGAUGGAAGAAAUCGUUGCCGCAGAAGAAGAAACUGAUGAAACAAUUACAUUACCUAAAGUGAAGUCCAUCAAGCUUGAAAGUCUGCCAAAACUCAAGUAUUUUUGUGGUGAAGCUUAUACUUUGAAGUUGCCGUCUUUGGAGUUAUUGGAGUUUGAUGACGUGCAAAACUUAAGCCUAUUAGCUCCAAAGCUUAUUGCCACACAUCCCCGAUUGCAAGUACGCACCGCGUUGGGAGUGGCUGAAUGGAAGGGGGACCUCAAUGCCACUCUAAGGAAUAUUUACGUCACAAGGAAGGGUGAAGAUGAUGAAAUCGACAGGGAGGACGAACACAAUUAAUUGAUCAAGCACAAAGGACAACAAUUCAAAGAAGGUUGUGGCUUCAACAAUUCGUUUACCAUCUCAUAUGUACAAACCAAUAAAAUGUCAUUUGUUGCAUCAGACUUUCAU